AUGGAUGAAUUUCGUGAAAACUUAAAGAUAGCAGAAGGCAUGGAAGAAGAGAUCGCCCGCAUCAACAAAAUCCAGGAAGAAAUAGAUAGAGUAAACAAAGAGAUAGGCGAGCUGCAGAAGAAAGAGAAAGAAAUAAAAACACAGCCAGAUAGAAUAGAGGCGUACAAAAAAAGACUGGCGAAGCUGCAGGAAGAAAUCGAAAAACAAAACGCAAUAACAAAAAAAAUAGAAACACCAGACGAAAUUCUAAAGCUGUCCAAGAUGGUAAGCCAGAAAGAGCUGGCAACAAAGGUGCUCGAGUAUUUCAACACGCUCUACAGCGAAAAGAGCACAGUACUGAGCAUAAACCAGGUCAAGAUCAAAGUAAACUACAUUGAGAUAUCACUGGUGUACAAUGAGCUACUGCAAACAGUCAACAGUCUGCUUCCAUCGCACUCGAAUGUCUACAUAAAGACCGUGUCAAAGCUAGUCUCCGAUUACAUUCUGCUGUACAGCACUGCAAUAAGUGCCAUAGCUGAUAAUGCACUGAUUAUAAUAACGUAUGCAGUGAGCAAAAAAACAGAGCUGUCUGAGAGCGAGAUACAGGAGAAGAUAGUGGGCGAUCUGCUCAAAGAGAGCAAAGAGUCUGUCGAAAACCUUACAGACAAAAAACUGUACGAAAACAUUUCCAAGCUGGCAGUCUACGAAGACAUACUGGUAGAAGUAAAAAAAAGAAUACAAGCUGAUUUGCUCAAAAUAUCUUUAAAACAGCUGAAUAGGUACAACAACGAGGUGUUCUAUGGGACCAUAUACCACAUUGAAGACAUAGACAAAUGGAUGUGUGAUAAUUUAGUGAUAAAGAUAGACGAGCCCGCAGAGAGCGUGCAAAUAACAGAGUCCGAACAAAGAGAGAUAUUCAGCGGAAAGGCUGCACAGCACAACUCGGUUCUUGAUCUACUCGCAGAGAGCAUGAAAAAACAAAAGAUCUCGAAGAUAUCAAAAGGAUUCCACAGGAUAGUGAAAAUAAUCAGGAACAUAGAGCACACCGAAAGAUCAAAGAACGAAAAAAUACACCCCGUGAUUGUAGAAAAAAUACAUAAAUUCUUUAAAAGGCCGUCUGAGAAAGUUGGCGUAGAGGGCGUUCUAAGCGCAUCCCUACGGCUUGCAGAUGCACAAGCCAUGCUAGGAAUAAUAAUGCUGUCCAAAGACAAAAAGAGCGCAGAAACAGGAGCCAAUCACAUAUCCAGAAUGCUUGGACAGAUCGAAGAGCAUUUUAUCGAUGUGGUGGAGGAGGCAUUUGCUGACAUAAUAUCUUGUUCCGAAGCAGGAAGCAUCAAUUUCCUAAACAGGAAUGUCCUGGAUAAGAUAGAAAAUGCAAACAAUGACUUUAUAGAAACAACGACAGACAUAUUCACUGAUACAUUCCUAGCGCACAUUAAAACCAUGUUCUAUAGCAGGCUGCUGAGCAGUGCAUACCAUGCGGUGGAGACAACUCUCGAAGAUCUUCCAGCAGAAGACUGGAAAAACAUUCUUUCUCUUUUGUUGCGAAUAGUCAAACCGCACAAGCAGUUUAUAGACUACUAUCCUUACAUUGAAGCAAUCUACCGCAUUCUGCUAUUUGAUGGAUCAGCCACAGAGUUUCUCAAGGCGUACAAUGAAACCGGUUUUCCUCUGCCUAAUGAUCUGAUUCAAGAGCUGGUUGUGUACUCAUUUAAAGACCCAAGGGUGGCCCGAAACGUUCUAAACAAUCUUGAAAAACAGCAGAAGAAAGAAUAG